AUGAAUAUUGAAACCUAAUCAGAAAAAUCUGAUUAAAGAAGAUCAAAGAGAGAAAGAUAUGUAGGAGAAGCUUUAAAUGCUGUUUAAAAAUGGAGAGAUCUGUUUGAAAAUGGUUUUUAUGAUAAAGUAGGUAAUUACAUAAAACCAACUUUGAAAGAAGCAGCUGAUCUUGUUGGUGUUCCUAAAAGAUCUCUUGAAUAAUAUUAUAGUGUUUUUAAGUAAUAAUUUUAUUUUAUAAUUAGAAAAGUCCCAUAAUCUACUGAAAUUAUGAAGUUUCUCGAUAAAAAGAUGGGUUAUCUUAAUUAGAUCAUUAAAGAAUCUAAAAACUAAUCUGCUAUAACAUAAGAAUAAGAACAAGAAGUUCAUUAAGAAUAAAACUCUUGGGAUAAUAUGAUAAUAGAAGCAGAUGAUUCAUUAGCAAUUUAAAGAGAGAUAAUUGAUGAACCUAAACUUUUUUAGAUUCUUCAAUAAUAAUAGUAUAAUGAAAAUGAAGAAGAAUACAUAAAAUUUCUGUAGUUGGAAGAAGAUUAAAAAUAUUGUUUAGAAUACUACAAUUAUGAUGAGGAUGAUGAUUAUUUAAUUAAAUAUGAAUUUAAUAAUCCAGCUUUACCAGACUGA